AUGAAGGAGUCAAUGGUUCAAUUGGAUGAUUUACCUAAUGAGAUUCUUCUGAUUAUUUUUAAAAAUAUGUGCAAAGCCGAGCUACUCUAUUCUUUAACAGGUGUUAAUCAACGACUUAAUGCAGUUGCACAUGAUCCAAUAUUUACUAAUCAUUUGACCUUACUGAGACAUUCUUUGGAUGGUUGCAUCUACCCAUUAACUGAUUCAAUGCUUGAUCGAUUUUGUUGCCCAAUUUUACCUUCGAUUCAUGAUAAAAUCAAAUGGCUUGAUCUUGAAUCAUCAUCUAUGGAACGUAUUCUUCUUACUACAAAUUAUUCUAAUUUAUAUAGACUUGGUUUAUAUAAUAUUGAUAUAGAAACAGCUAGACAUUUCUUUACUGGUGAAAGUGCUUUAACUGGUCUAUUUAAAAAUAAAAUUUUAUCACUUAUUAUAAAUACUACUAUGAAUGGAAAACUAGGGCGUCGAAAAGAUAUCAAUACGUUUAUAUUUACAAGUAUCUUGACUAUGUUCACUAAUCUUCAAUAUUUAAACUUCAUCUCAUCUUUAAUUUGGUAUCAAAUGAUAUCAUUUAAUAUUUCACCUCCAAGUGUAAUCUCUUCGAAUCUCUUAGAAUUGUAUGUCAGUGUGGGACAUUUCGCCGAUUGUCUUUAUUUUCUUGAUGGACGUUUCAGUCAACUUCGUACACUUCAUAUUAAUAUUUCUUUGAUUCUCUAUUCAUGGGUACCAAUCAACAACAAGGAAAAUCUGCCUAAUUUAAAGGACUUUUCACUAUAUUGUAAUGACGAGACGAGUGGUUAUCAUGAAUUGAUUGUUCCACUUCUACAUCGAAUGUUGAAUUUAGAAAAACUUGGUUUAUAUUUUCUAGUUUAUGGUGCGAAUACAUUUGUUGAUGGAAAUGAUUUGAAGAAAAACAUAGUAAAUAAAAUGGCACGAUUAAACAAAUUUCAAUUUAACAUUCGUUCAACAAUUCGGCUUAAUAAUGAAAUUAAUUUGUCAUCGAAUGAAGAUAUUCAACAUACAUUCAAAGAUUUUCAAGAUAAUCAUGUUAUUUCUUGUGUUGAUUAUUUUUCCGGGACUGAACAAGGUCAAUGUCAUAUUUAUUCAUAUCCAUACACAUUGGAACAUUACGAAAAUAUAACCAAUAAUUUUCCAGGUGGAUUAUUUAAAUGUGUUUCUGUUAUAUCAUUAUUUGAUGAACGACCUUUUGAACAUGAAUUUUUUCUUCGAAUUCAGAAAUCAUUUCCAUUUCUGAAAAAAUUAACGUUAAUUAAUAUGAAACCUCAAUGUGAUAAACAAUGUAGAAAAUCAGAAGAUGAGAAUCAAAAUUUACCAAUCAUCGAAUAUCCUCAUCUUACUAUGCUGAAUCUUAUUGAAGCUCAUGAAGAUUAUCUUGAACAAUUUCUACUUCAUACAAUAACGUGUUUGUCGAAUAAUGUUUGUCUUCUUGUACUCUAUCAAGUACUGAGAAGAGUAACACAAAAGUUUACAAGAAAUACAACACGAAUCAAUUGUGCAAAAUUACGUUCUUUAAGCUUACAGGGAAAAUAUAGAAUUCCUAAAUAUGUAAAAGAAUAUUUUCCUCGUACAAAAAUAUUGUGA